UCUGCGCCAAGUAAUUGGCAACAGCCCGCCGAGGCCACGGCUGGCGCGUUCAUUCGCAAGUCAUCAUUCUGAACUCGCGCAGGCUGCGAAUCACCAAACAAUGGUCCAGUCAGCCGCGCAGCUCGCCCAGGCUUUGCGCCCAGGUCUUGGGCACGUGACCAUGUCCGAGCCAUGCACAGGACCGGUGAAGACGCCAACCAUGGUGACUCUGCACGUCGGGAAACCCAUGGCACAUCUGCGACUGUCGCCUCGUCUCUGUUCCGACCUGUGCGUUGACGACGCCAUCAGCGCCCACCCGAGCCUUUCUCCACGACAACCUAGCAGACCCAGCAGAUUGACACCGGGAUGUCAUACUCUGCAUCUACAAGGCCUUGGAAGCUGUGCAUCAGGAUCCCACUAGAGUCGCCAAGCAUCUUGUCUUCUUAGCGCGUGAAAGACAUAAGUAAAACACGUCCGCCGACUGCCGUGGAGAGCAACAUUUGGCCCUCUGCUCUCUGUCCCACCCAUUGUUCCAAGGGAAACAUGUUUGUUGUGCGAUUCCACUUUGGUCUCGGUGCUGAGCGGUGAUUCCAUCGCCCAACAAUCCCCAUCCAGGAGCGAAAGGUACGACAUCCGCCAUCAUGAGCGUCAUCUUCGCAUUAUCAAAUCUGCAAUCGAGGUUGCCGAAAAGGGAAACGGGGCAUCAUAAUCAUGCUGAUAAACUCCUAUUGAACCCAUAUAUAUACGACCCUGCAGUCCCAGCAGCCAUCAUCGGUGCCAUUAUCAUGCUACUGCUUUCCCUAGGCCUCGUCUGGCAAUUUGUCCGCUAUAAAUCGUGGUUCUUCUGGACUGCUAUGAUCGGCGUAGUCAUGGAGACCAUUGGCUACACAUGCCGCCUCAUUUCCGCCAUUGACGAGCACGACGAUGUCCCUUUCCUUAUUGCGUUUCUCAUGAUUCUGCUCGCGCCCUCCUUCCUCGCAGCAGCAUGCUACACUGCUUUCAGCCGGGUGGUCUGGUUCUCCUGUCCCACCCACUCAUUGAAUUUCAAAACGCUAUGGUGUUUCCCAAGCUAUAUCACCCCAACAUUCGUGAUAUUCGAUCUAUUAUCCUUCGUCGUGCAACUCGCAGGCGCAAGCACGGUGUCAAGCAACUACAACAAAGACGACUCCCCCUCCCGCUCCAUUGAAUCCUCCGAACGACGCGUGACCGCCGGUCGCGUAAUUCUCGUCCUAGGCCUCAUCAUGCAAGUCCUAUGCUAUCUCUCCUUCGCCAUCAUCGCACUGCGCUACUUCAUCAUCUCGCUAUCGUUCCGCUGCGAAGACCUCGGCGACUGGAAAAUGUGGCGCCGCUUAUCCUACCUCAUCAAUUUCGCGGCCGGACUCAUCACCCUGCGCGCCAUCUACCGCACGUUAGAGAUCCCUCAUGAUAAAGGGACCGGGUUGUUGUAUCUCCAAAGACACGAGUGGUGUUUUUGGACGUUUGAUGCUUUUCCUAUGGCUGCUGUGCUGGCUGUCAUGGUCAUUUGGUUCCCGGCGAGGUACCUACCUAGAAAUUAUACGGGCUUGACGCUGGAUAAGCGGAUGGCGUUGAAGCAAAAAGAAGAUCUUGGCAGUGGUGGGAAGGGCGAGCAUGUUGACGCUGUCCCUGUUCAACUCAGAGAGUUUAGACCACAGGAUUUUGAUGGCGGGGUCGGCGUGCGUGUUUGA